AUGAUGACGGCUGCAGAUUCCCUGACUCCGGCGGCGGGUGUCCGUCCCACGCAAUCUCACGGAUCGCCAAACCGCCCGCGGAAAACAGAGGCAAGUCCAGCCCAUUUCCGCCGGAUACUCAUCUACACCAAGUCAAGUGCAGACAGAGACACCUCGGCCCUGAACAAUCCGCAAGUUGGACCAAGGAGCGCCAUGAAACGGCAGUCUAUGCCCAUUAUGCCAAAGGUCGAGGUCCACGAUGUCCUCGAGGCCGUCCCAAAGGUCGAGACCCACCAUGUUGAGCACGACAGACGCCGUGCUGGGCAUCUCGCAUGA